AUGCUCUCGCAGACGGUCUACGACCAGUUGAAUGCGGACUGCGGCGGCAUGACCACCAUCGGCAAUGAGGACAUCUACAAGGACUACCGAGUGCGGGGCUAUGAGUACGGGCCCAAGUUCAGAGGUAUCGUCGACUUCUCCACUGACUUUAAGCGCCACUCCUAUGGGUCGGUCCGCUGGGCCGGACACAUGAUCGCCUACCUCGACUCGCUGCUGCAGAUGGGCGGGCCGGUGGUGCCGGUGAAGGAGCUGAUUGUGCCGGUGGUCUUCAGCUACCUCAAGAUUGACCCCAAUGUGCUCUUCAAGGAGAUUGACGCAAACAACAUCAGCAGCUCCGAGGUGGCGCCCGAGGUGGAGGUGGGCGAGCUGCUAGCGGACAGCUCCGCCGCCGCCCACGUCGAGGAGGAGCUGGAGAAUGAGGAGCUGGCGGAGAUGCGCAGUAAGAUGCAGGCAAUUACCGGUGAGGCGGAGCAUGUGAAGAAUGCCGAUGCGGUGCUGCGCUCCUACUGCAGCGUCGACCAGAUGGCCAUCGUGGCGCCCGGCGUGGAGAUCCACAAUGUGACGGGCGCCUCCAUUGGCCGCAAGGUCCACCCGGCGCCGGUCACUGUCGAGGGCCACCAGUUUGUGGCACACUUUGAAGAGGUGGCAAAUGAAAAUCUGCUUCACCAAGAAGAGGUUAACAAUGGCAGCGAGCGAGCCGCCGAGCUGGCGCAGUACGAGACGCUUUGUCGAUGGGAGUAUGGUCAGCUGCGAAAGCAUUUUGGACUUCAAAGUACUGAAGAGGAGAUCUCUGAGCCUGAAAAGACGCUCAAGGAGCGCUUUCUGGGCGCCAAGGAGGGCACCAACGUUCUGCUGAAGGUGCUCACCACUGCCGUCGCUGAGCUGGUCGAUGAGAAUAACAACAACACCAACACUAACAGUAGUGAAGAAAAGGAGCCCACUUUGAUUUCCACUUCUGAAAAGGAACAACUCCAGCAACUGAACUCCCAUCUGAAGGCGGUGUGUCUGAAGCUGGCCACCGGUGGAACUGAAUCGUCGUCCUCUUCUGUCGAAACGCCUCCCUCUUCAACUGAUGAACUUGACCCAAUUCAGGCGGCUCUUGUGCGCAGCUACCUUCACGCCGACCUCACCGCUUCGACAGGCGCCGAGGAGCGACUGAUUCGACCGCUGGUCGACCUGGUGGCGGAGAACUUUGUUCCGGCAAAGGAGCUCACUGUGCUACAGCUGGCCACCGAGCCGCAGCUGCCGCUGGCGCUCAAGGUCGACCGGUACCUGGCCACCUCGACCAUCUUCAAGCUGAACAUUGACUACAAUCUGGUGCACUUGAAGGGAACCAAUUCGACCGUGACCACCACCACCACCACCACCACCACCACCUCUGCUGAGGCAGCUUCUUCUGAGCAGAUGCCGUACAACUUUACCUCUACGGCGGUGGAGCAGUGGCCGCCAGUCACCGAAGAUCAACAGCAGCUUCAGCUGAAGGCCCAGCCUCACCUGGCGGUGAUUGUCGACGAUCCGGUAGCAGCAGGCAAUCAGAAGAAGGGAAGCUUCUUCGACCUCGAAGACGGCCAGUUCUGGUCCACUCUGGCGGGCAGCACCACCCUCACGGCGUCAGGCUUUGCGCUGGUCCUCCUUCGCACUUCACUGGCGCCCAUUGAGCGACAGCUCUACGAGGCGCUCUUUGAGGAUAGUGAAGUGCCAACAGACGAAGAGCUGAAGAGGCGAGCGGAGACGGUGAAGGCGCAGGCGGCACUGCAGCACUUUUUGCCAGUCGGCUCGAAGGCUAGCCACGGCCACCUGGCGCUGAUUUUCCGUUUCAGUCCCAUUGAUCCGCAACAGCCGGCACCGGUCUUCAGCACUGUGGUCUUUGAGGGCGACGAACAGCGCUGGCUAGAGACGGUGCAGGCUAAGCUGCGGGCAGUUAAUGGCGAUGCUGAAGAAGGGGAUGAACCAGCUAAGCAGGAUCAAGAGUCGAAGAAGGAGAAGUCCACAGAGGAGGCAGCAGCAGCAGUUGAGCAGCAGAUCGUCUGGCUGCUGGCCGACCAGGCCACCCUGCCCGGCGCCCUCGGCUUCUUCAACUGCCUGCGAAAGGAGCCUGGCGGGCGUCAGUUUCGACUGCUUUUUAACCUCGACCAGGACCCGAACGCUGAAGACGCUCUGCGCCUCUUCAACCGCUACAGCGUCCACCUGACGAAGCUCGACCUGGCAGUGAACGUCUUCAAGUCGGGCACCUUUGGCAGCUACCGCCACCUGACUCGCAACCUGCUGACGGCCGCCAAGCUGACCACUGAGUACCACCUGAACAUUGGCGCACUGAACUCUAACCGAAAUGACCUGGGCAGUCUGGCGCUGGUCGACUCCACCGGUGAACGGCAGAUUGGCCACCUUCCAGUGAAGGGAGGACUGAUGGCAAAUGUUCCGACUCGGGAGCGAAAGUACGCCGUCUACUCGUCGGCGCUCAACUUUCGCGAUGUUAUGCUCGCCUCUGGCCGCCUCUUUCCACCGGUGCAGCUGCUGACGCAGAACUGCAUGAUCGGCACCGAGUUUGCCGGACGCGACCUGGAGACCGGCGAGCGCGUCUUUGGCAUCCACCACGGCGGCGCCUUUGCCACCGACCUGCACCAGCUGCCGCUCUACGUGCGACCGAUUCCACCGGGCUGGAGCUACGACGACGCCGUCGGCGCCGUCACCGUCUACUUCACCGUCUGGUACGGCCUCCUCUACAAGGCUCGCCUGGAGCGAGGGUCCACCGUGCUGAUUCACUCCGCCGCAGGGGGCGUCGGCCAGGCGGCGCUGCACGUCGCCAAGGCCUACGACUGCACCAUCUUUGCGACGGCCGGCUCACCGGAGAAGAGAGCCUGGCUGGCGGAGCACUUUGGCCUGCCGGAAAAUCACAUCUUCAGCUCUCGAGACACCGUUUUUGAGCGAGAGAUCCGGGAACGGACGGCGGGCGCCGGCGUCAAGUACAUCGUCAACUCGCUGAUUGGCGAGCAGCUGGACGCCAGUCUGCGGCUGAUGGCCGACAAUGGCCACUUUAUUGAGCUGGCAAAGGCGGAGAUGCAGAACAACAAGCGCAUUGGCACGUUCGCCUUCCUCCGCAAUCUCUCCUACCACGGCGUGGCCAUUGAGCAGCAGAUCUUCAAGGAGACGCAUCGAGUGGGCGAGUUUUACGACUGGAUGUUGGCCAACUGUGAGGUGGGACGGGAGGAUGCGGCUGUGAAGCCGAUCACGGCGCACGUCUUCUCGGCGGAGAAUGCCGUCACUGCCUUUAGAUUCAUGACCACCGGCAAGCACAAGGGCAAGAUUGUCAUUCGCUUCAGGGAGGAAGAGGAGGAGAAGACAGCGAGCAGCACCAUCGCCCCCGCCGUGCCUCGCCUCGCCCAAACGCGCACCUACUUUGACCCCUACGCGACGUACAUUGUCGUCGGGGGCUGCGGCGGCGUCGGCAUUGAGCUGGCGCACUGGCUGGUGAAGAAGGGCGCCAAGCGAAUCGUCCUCACCACUCGCAGCAAAACACGAACGCCCUACCAGGCGCUCUCGCUGGGCACGCUGGCCAUCACCGGCUCGGUCUUUCAGUUUUUCACCAACGAGCUGGCCUACUACAGCGAGGACCUCUCCACGGAGGAGGGCGUUCGCGCGCUGAUCCGCCACGUGCAGACAGAGUUUGGACCGGUGGGCGGCGUCUUCCACCUGGCCGUCUCGCUGGCCGAUGGCCUCCUCAACGGCAUGAAGUACGCGGAGGGAUGGCGCCGAACGGUGGACUCUAAGGCCACGCUGGCGGUCCACCUGGACGCCGUCUCUCGAGAGCUCUGCCCCUCACUGCCCUAUUUUGUCUGCCUCAGCUCAGUCAGUGCGGGCAGGGGAAAUGUGGGCCAGACGAACUACGGCUACGCCAACUCGGUGCUGGAGCGAAUCGUCGAGCGGAGGAGGGCGGACGGCCUGCACGGCCUGGCAGUUCAGUACGGGCCCAUCGGCGACGUCGGUCUGCUCAGUGAGCUGGACGCCACCGGCGGCAGUGGAGUGCAGGCCUUUGCCAGCGUCCAGCUGCAGCGCAUCAUCUCCUGUCUGGAGGUGCUCAAUCGGGCGAUGGCCUCCGACCAUCCGGUCGUCUCCUCGCUGGUCUUUGCCGAGCGAAGCGGCGGCGCCGGCUCGGGCGCCGGGGCCGGCGGCACCUCUGAAGGCAUGCUCCACCACCUGUGGUCGGCGCUGGGCGUCGAUCCGGAGACGCUGCCCGACCACGUCACCCUCGGCGAGCUGGGCAUGGAGAGCAUGUUUGGUGAGUUUGCUCAAUUCUAG